GGAACACCGAGUGGUAAAAACUGCGUGAUCUUCUUCGGCAGUGAGAAAAGCGCUCCUCAGCUACUGUGAAAUUUUCUUCUGAAGACAAUUCAUUGACUCAGAUCUGUCAUUCAAGUUCAAUAACCAAUCAUGGGGAAUCAACCAUCAGAAUGCCAUGGAUGUAACUGUUGUGUCUGUGGUACUAGGCUUCCUCCUUGCACAUCAUUCGAUAACUUUAGAAAGGACUGGGUUGAGGGAUAUUAUGUCUACAUUUACAAUGGUGGCCAAUAUUACAGAGAAGUUGGGGUAGACAAUCAAUACAAGUGUCCUGACUGCUUCCAUCGGCCAAUAAGAGAACGACUUGAAAGAGAAGAAAGGGAAAAAAAGAAACGUGAAGAGGAAGAAAGAAGGAAAAGGGAGGAAGAAGAGAGGAGGAGAAGAGAAGAAGCAGAAAGACAAAGAAGAGAGGAAGAGGAAAGACGAAGAAAAGCAGAGGAAGAACAAAGGAGAAGACAGCAAGAAGAGGAGAGACAGAGAAAAGAGGCAGCAGAAAGAGAAAGAAAGGCAGAAGAGGAAAGGAGAAAAAGGGAGGAAGAAGAAAGAAGAAAACUUGCUGAAGAAGAAAGAAAAAAAAAAGAAGACGCAGAUAGGAAGAGAAGGGAAGAAGAAGCAAGACAAAAGAGAGAAGCUGAAGAAAGGGAAAAACGAGAGCUUCAAGAGAGGCUGGAUCAGACGCUUAAGAAUGCUAAGGCCAAAUCAGAACAGGAAGAAGACAUAGUCCGUGAGAAGAUGGAGCAGAAAACCACAACAGACAUUGUAGUCAGCCAGUUUGAUGAGUUUGAAACUAUCAAGGUUCACCUUGAAAAUCGUGAAACUGAUAAUGAAAACCUUAUGGAUGUUUUAUGUGCCAAGAGUGGAAUAUCACUUUCUAACAUGACACUAACUGCACUCACAACAAAGCAAGUUGAGAGCCUUUCCAAAUCUCUGGAAACACUGCUUUUCCAAGAAUGGCCUUCAAAUCCCCCAAGCAGACUUGUUCUUGUCCAUACACAGGUGCUGCUCACAGAACUUGUGCUCACAAAUCUUAAAAUGGAGGACAGCAGUUUGCAAGAGGGCGUCACCAACCAAGCCCAGUAUCUGGUAGAGACAAUGAAUAAUGCUGGAGAAAAUAUAACUGAAAUGUUUAAUUUCACACAGGCUUUGCUGAAAGUACAUAAAAGAAUGCUGGAAAGCACAUAUCAAUGUAGUAUUGUAAAGAUCACUAAGCAGAUAACAAAGACAGAGAAUCUUCCUGCAGAGGAAGUCUUUCUCUUAAAAUUUUUAGAAAUUCUACAGAAGUGCCUGAGAGAAGUCAGUGAGCCAAAAUAUGGAAAAGAGAUCACAAAUGUGGAGAAAAAGUGCUAUGAGGUCUUGCUAAAUGCAACAACUCGAUCCUAUAAUGAGGAAGCAUAUUCUGAACUGACCUGCAGACUUCUGAGGAUUGUCCAAUCUGGCCUAUGGCAGCCCAAUGAAGCUAUGGAUUUUAUGUAUGACUUAGUAAAGAGCUGCAGUGAUCCUGUCCUCCUCACGAAGGUGCUACAUCUGAUUGAAAUCUACCGGGUCCCUCCAAACUGGCAGGAUGAAGAUGGUAAGAAGAUCACUGACCACCUUGGAACAGAAAUUCUGUAUCAAGAAUUUGAAAAGGAUUUGAAAAAAGAACCAGAAAAGUCACUUGAUGCUGUUCUGGAAGAAAUUAAAAAGACUGGAAGCAUUGACAUUCAAACUCUUGACAAGGUGACCUGCAUUGUUUCAGGCGUCCAAAAAAGAAUUGCUGCACUCAAAGUGAAUGAACGUGACAUACUUGAAAAUAUACCAAAAGGUUCUCUGAGUGCUGGUAAAAUUGCUGAAGACCUUGAAAAAAUUUUAUUCACGUUGUGCAAAGGAGUGUUUAAAGUGAAUAACUAUUACCCAAGGGUGACUCAAAUGGUCACCUGGUGCCUGCUAGCCUUGUCAAAAUACAGUAAGUUACUUGAGGUUGGCACUGGAGAAGGGAAGUCUUGCAUCAUAGCAAUGUUUGCGGCCAUGCGAGUACUGAUGGGACAACAAGUGGAUGUUGUUUCCAGUUCUUCUGUACUCUGUGAGCGAGAUGCAGAAGACUGGAGCCCCUUUUAUAAGCUUUUUAGCAUCACAGUGGAUACAAACACUAACAAAACCAAAGAUGAAGAGAGAGCCAUCUGUUACAAAGCUGACAUUGUCUAUGGGACAGUAGAGACUUUUGCAGCUGAUUAUCUGCGCCAGACCUUUGAGUUAAAACAAGUACGACCCAAUCGCAAGUUUCACUGUAUCAUUGUGGACGAAGUGGAUUCUUUGCUGCUGGAUCGAGGAGUGCAGCUCACUUACUUGUCAAGUGAUAUGAUAAGCCUUCAGCAUCUUAACACAAUCCUAGCCAUGAUCUGGAGUGUGGUAAAUCAGCAUGGUUUGGUUGCUACAGAGAACAAAGUAUUUAUUCGUGGCCCUCCUGUACCUUUUUACAAAGGCAUAUUUGAUUGUCUAAGUGGAGAUAACCUGGGCCUAGAAGAACCAAUUGAUAUAUUGGAAAUUGCAGAGGAGAACGGCCUUGUUCCAUCUGGAUUUUCAAAGGAAAUUGGAGCCAGUGACAAAGAUAAACUUAAUGAGAAACUCAAAAGUAUCCCCCAGAAUGCCAUGUUAAAGUUUUUCAAUGUCCUUGAAGAUUACAUUCCAUAUCACUUUUCAACAUACAUUCAAGAUGCAAAUGGAAUACUUCAGCUGACUGCUGAUGACAGCACUCCUGGACUUCCUUUCUUUGUGCUAGACAAUGGACUUUGCUGUUUGCUUUGUGAUUCAGAUGAACAGCUCUGGGAGCCAGUUCGCAGUUACGUAUUGGAACAUCUCCAGUUCACACCUUGUACCAACAACGCUGAGAAACAUAGCAUCCCAGGCUUUUUAAAAAACCUUGUAGAAACAAAAAUGCAGACAUGGGUAGAAAAUGCAUUUUUAGCAAUUAAGCUGCAGCCAGACAGGGAAUAUGUUGUCAAAGGUGACUGCAUCCUGCCAGUGGACUUCAAAUCUACUGGGAUUAUUGAACUAAACAAAAAAUGGGGAGAUGGCCUGCAGCAGUUUCUGGAAAUGAAGCAUCAGACAAAGAUCAGUACCAUGUCCACAAUCACUAAUUUUAUCUCCAAUGUCUCUUACUUCAAUAAGUAUCAAGGCCAGGUUUUUGGCACCACUGGAACUCUGGGCACUGAUGCAGAUAUUCAAUUUCUGUCCAAACUCUACCCAAACCUUACCGCUUGCCGCAUCCCAACAUUUAACAGAAGAAAGUUAUUUGAAGUUCAAGGAGAGAUGACAAACACUUCUGAGGACUGGAAAAGAAAAAUAUGUGCUACAGUUCAGGAACAGAUCUCUCCCAGUUCAACUGGAAAAGGCAGAGCUGCUCUAGUGAUCUGCGAGAGCAUCAACAGAGCCAUUGAAAUUGAAAAGGAGCUGAAACCUUUUGUGCGUGGCCAGCUGAAACUCUAUAUCCGCAGUGACAAUGACAAUGCAAAAAUUUUAGAUGCUGAGUUGGCACCUGGAGAUGUGAUUGUCGCCACUAAUUUGGCUGGCAGAGGAACGGACAUCAAAGUGUCUGGGGAUGUCAAUAACAGUGGAGGACUCUUUGUGGUUCUCACCUUCCUUUCCCAGAAUGCAAGAGUGGAACUUCAGGCUUUUGGCCGCACAGCUCGAAAAGGAAAGCCUGGCUCAGCUCAGCUGAUUGUAUGCACUAACCAUAUGCCAGAAUACCUUGGUGAGGUCAACACUCUAGGAGCAGUGAAAAGGAUCAGAGAUCAAGUAGCAAAAUCACGUGUGCUACACUACUUAGAUGAUGAUAUUCCAGAGAUCUUCUUAAGAGAAGAGUUAUUUUUCCAGUAUUGCAAGAUCUUACUUUCUGUGUACAAUGAGAUUGAAGAUGUGGAGGAUGAGAAGGCAACUGUAGCUGUUCUAAAUGAGUACUGGGGAAUAUGGCUGCAACUCAAGUCUAAGCCAAUACUGGAAUUGAAGAGAGAUGAGCUGUUGGCUUCCUUGGCUUCCGAUAUUGCUAAGGCCAAGCAACUGUGCAAAACAGAAGAAUCUCCAUGUUCUAGCAUCUAUCAGUACAUCCGGUUUGGCAACAAAGAACUCUUUGAUGGAAAAUUUGAGCUCAGCUCCCGGUUGUUUGAAAAAAGCAUGGCUCUUGAUCCCUCUUGGGCUUCUAUUGCUUUUUACAGCCAUGCCUACUGCACAAUAAAGCUGUCAAAAGACAAUUACUUAAACAAAGCAAUGGAAGAUUUGGAAAAAGCAAAAGAAUCUCUGGCCAAUUUCAAAGAGCAAUGUGUGGUGACCCUGCAGUUAGUUAAACUUGCUAGUAAAUCCAAAGAGAGCGAAGAAACCACCAGAUUCCAGAAUCACAUAAUGACAAGAUGCCAAGUACUUGAUUUCUUUAAUAAAAACAUUGAGGAAGCCAUUAAGAAGUUGAAAGAGAUCAAGGAUAAAGGAAGGGAUGCUAUUGUGGAAGAAACUUCUGUUUUUGCACUGGUCCCAGAUGCACAGUCUGAAGUUCAUCAAGAACUCUAUGAGUUUUACAAACUGGGCCUGGUCAACAUCUAUACUGUUAAGGAAAAACCCAGGUUUUGUUGGGAGGGUCUGGUUGUCUUCCUCCUGGGAGUUUUACAGCUUGUUGCAGGAAUUAUUCUUACUGCUGUAACCUGUGGCACACUUGCCAACAUUGGUAUGGCAUUGAUUAGUGAGGGAAUAUCAGACUGCAUCAGUGGUGCUGAAGCCAUGAUAACUGGAGAAUUCAGUUGGGCCUCAUGGGCCAUUGAGAAAGCAAUCUCUGUUGGCCUCUCCUUGGUCAGCUUUGGAAUUGGCAAGGUUAUUGCCAAAGGUGCUAAAGCAACAAUGACGGCAAUCAAAGCCAUUGGUAAGAAUUUGAAAGCUUUACCAAAAGUACUCAGCAAACAGGUCAAGACUGGGCUUAAGCAGGCUCUAAAGGAUAACAUAAAGAAUGUUCUUAAAUAUGCCGGCAAAGAGAUUGCAGUUGAGGUCCUUAGUAAAACAGAGGAUAUAAUAUUGGAUAAAAUUGUGGAAGAAAUUAAAAAUAAGGCAAAGGAAGCAGCAGUUGAAUCAGUGCAGAAGAAUAUGAAACAGGAGCCCUUAAAGCCUCUGGCAGAUACUGUGGUGCUGUCCCAUCUAAAGGACGGCAUGCAAGUGAAUGUCCUGUUGUCAGAUACCAUUAGUACAGAGAAGUUGAAGAACAUCUUUAAGGAAGUUGCCGAUACAGUGCUGGAAUCGGAUAAAGAGGGUCUGGAGUGGCAGGAAAAACUUCAUUCAUCAAUGCUUGAGGUCCUUGGUAAUGCUUCUGAAGAGUCUAAAGGAAAACUUAAAAUUGCUCUGGGUAUCAUCCAAGCAACUUAUAUGAGUGCUUUGGCUGCAGAUGCCAUAGCUUCGGUUAUCACUAUGUCUAAUCAAUUUAAUGGAAAAUACUGUGAGGAUCUUGAGAAAAUGAUUCAAGAAAACAAUAUGGCAGGAAAAGCACAAAAAAUAGUGUUAACCACAAAUGAAUCCAUACUUUUAGAUGGCUUUAAAGGGGAGCUGGCAGUUGAAGUUGCAGGUUCACUAGUGGAUGUGCUUACUUUGGUUUUCCAGCAGAAGUUCUCCAACCAUCUUGUGAAAUUUGCUCAAAAUAAAGUUAACGGUAAAAUUAAUAAAUAUCUUGAAGAUAAGAUAAAAGUAGAUGCUGAUACUUUUAUAAAGUCUAAAGAAGUUUCCACUGGAAAUGUAGUAGACUACAAGACAGAUCUCACACCCACUGCAGUAAAAAUGCAGAAGGCAGUAAAAGCCUAUGCUGCUGAUAUUCAAACUACUAAAAGACCAGCCACUGUGGUGGAUAUUCGUGUGUUAGCUGAGGUCACAGGAAAGAGGAUUGUUGUUCUGGCUGAUAAUAAAGGUGACAUGAGGAAGAUCCAAGCAUUGAACCCCAAAACAAAAACCAUCACUGGUACCAUAAGUGUGAUUUACCGACCCAAGAGUGAGCAGUACCCCAGUGGUCGUUAUGAUGUGUGCAUUAAAGGGAAAGUUGUAACUGCACCUGGUGAAGGAAAGGUCUAUACAGCUGUGGCCAAAGGGCUUGAGCCUGAUGUGUCAGAAAGCAAGGUAACUGAAAAAGCCACAGAGCUUAAAGCACUGAGCUCCAAAACUUUAAUGGAGAAUGCGUCUCAGUGGAGUUUAGUUAUUCAGCGUAAGAAGUGGGUCGAUGAUUUCAGAGGGGUUAGCAUUAAACCUUAAAGCGUUGAGGCAUUAGCUUAAGUAGGUUUUUCUGAUCACAACUACAGUAUAUCAAUUUAAGGCAUUUAUACAUAAUCAGUAAUCUAAUUCUUAACUCUUUCAUUAGCAUUAUUCAAAAAGUAAUUUUAAAAGCCAAUUAUAUAGUUAUAAAAAUGGAAUUGUUGUUUCUCAUUUAUCACAGUUUUUCUCAUAAAGGGUAAAGAAAUUUGAAAUGACAAUUCCAAAUAAUGAUGGAGCAUAUUUUUAAGUGUUUAUGAUACAAAUGGUCAAUUUCUGAAACUGUGUUCCUAAUUAUUUUACUUUCUCUUAGAUUCUUUGAUUAUAAUUAAUUGUUAUAAGAGGUCACACUGAAGCUGAAGCUCAAGCUCUAAGGAAACCGCAAUUAUUUUGCUUUAACUACUAUAAUUUGGUUAUUAUUUGGUGAUUCUGUACAUAAACCUUCUACUUGUCUUAUUGUCAGGUGUAUUCUGCAUUUGGAAGUAUAAAAACUUUAACAAAUUAACAAAACUUUAAAACAUAUCUUUCUCACAUGCUUCUGCAAAGUCAUCCUUGGUGUUUUUUGUAUUAUAUAUUAUUCAGUAGUUUCUCUUCAUUGGUUAAAAUCAAAUUAGGUAUUGGCAAUGAAUUACAUGAUCGAAAAGACACUGAAAAUAAUUUUUAUGAAAUUUCUUAUUAAGAUCUGAUUCACCAGCAUACAGUAUAUAGUAGACUCUUUGCCCACAGUAUUGUAUGAAAUAUAGCGACUUUCUGUGUUACAAAUCCUUUCAACCUCAUUUAGAUAUUUCAUUUUCCUUCAGCUGGUAGUCGUGAGUUUCAUUAUAGUGAGGUCACACAAUGCUGCACUUCAAAGACAUCAAAAUUUCAGAUUUAGGAAUAUUCCUUUUUUAUCAGCAUUAUACCACUUCACUUUUGACUGCAAAGCUCAUUUUCUUUUCUUAUUUUACAGCCCAUCUAUAGAGAAACUUGUAACUGUAGAGUGCUAUGUAACUCAACUAUCAGACCAAU